AUGCUGGUUUUAACAAACGCUAAUGUUCAGUGGAGAUAUUUUGUUCACUUGUUAUUAAAACUCUCUAUUCCGGUUAUCGUUUCACAUAAAACAGUUCUUGGUAUCAUUAAUACUCUUAUUUGUAUAGGACAGUUUCAAGCAGUUCCUCUCUAUGUAAAUGAACUUUGUUUGCCGGAAUCAAAGCUCAUUGGUAAUGAUAGUGAGGAUUUAGCAGCUUCAUUUCACGUAAGGUAA